AUGCUACAUAACUCAAAGUAACAAACAUACACAUAUAACAUAUAGAAAGAUCGAAAACAAAAGAUCGGGAUGAGUAUGGCUCCAAAGACCUCAACUACACUUGCUUUAUUCCUUGUGACCAAUAUUCUCUUCCUCAACCUCAUUACCCUGAGUUGCGCAGACAAUACUUGCCCAAGAGACGUUCUCAAACUUUCGACAUGCUCGAAUGUUCUCAACCUCAUCAACUUGAAGCUCGGGGCACCAGCUAUGAGGCCUUGUUGCUCUAUUCUCUUUGGUCUAAUUGAUCUCGAUGUUGCUGUUUGCCUUUGCACCGCGCUCAAGCUCAGCCUUCUUGGCAUCACCAUCGACACUCCUAUUCACCUUAACUUGGCUCUUAACGCCUGUGGAGGUACCCUUCCUGAUGGAUUCCGUUGCCCAACAUAGCUACAAUAUAUUCAUAUUUUCUAUCUAUGUUCUUGAAUUGGUUUUGUCUAACAUCCAAAUUUCAAACCUAAAUUCAUGUAUAAGCAAAUAACAAGUAAAAUUAAGACUUUUAUGAUGAUGCGAUAUAUAUACAUACAUACAGUAUUGUACUUUUUUAUACACACUAGACAUAAUCGUUUAUAGGGAAAUACUGUUAAGGGAACAAAUCAAAACUAUAUAUAUACUUAUAAUUGUUUGCACACAAAAAAAAACUUCAAGUACUUGUCUGAACUCACUACCUAAACUUUUCUAAUAUAAUUUUCAAAAG